CUCUUUUCCUCUGACGUGUCGCCGGAAUAAAAAAAUCAUCUCCGGCCCCGGAGACUAUUUUCCAUUAAUCUCUGCUCCUGGUCAGUGUUGGUGAUUAAAUCCUCGCGCAAAAGGACACCAUGAAUCUUCUAGAGCUAGGGAUCCUGUUGUUGCUGGCCGCGACGAGCUUCGCUGCCACAUCAACUCAGCGCACGGUAUCAGUUCACCUGACUACUCAGGACCAAGAUCGAUUCGAUAAGGUUUUCAGCGAAGGACUGAAGUCGAACGAUCUUCAAUCGCUGUACUACACGUCGGCCAACGUUCCGCUUCCGGCGGGGGAUGCUGGCACAUGUAAGCGACUGCUGACGGUUCACGGCGAGUCGAAACUGAACGAUUUCGAGAAAAACUUUUACUUGAUUGGGGCGCUUAAGAACUUUGGCUGCAAGGAAGAUGUGCCAGCAAAGGUUCAGUCUUCAGUGAAGGCCGCCCUUUCGAAGGAAGGGUCCACGGCUCAGGAGCUGUUCUUCAACUAUCACUCCGCUAAGCUUGCCGGGGUGCCGAUUGACGAGAAAGUGCUCACAACAGUGGGCAAACAGCUGCAGAACGCGCUGAAGAAGGAUGAUUCGUUGAACUCCCUUGGCCAUGCGUUUGCUGUUGCUGCGGAACUCGGCUCUUCCGGCGCGUUCGCUUACGACCGCAUCGAGGAAGCAUUUGUACAGGCGGACGAAGUUGAUGGAAAGAUGCUUCAAUUCGAAGGUGGACUGAGCAUUACGGCACUGAUCGUGAAUGGAGGUUUUAAACUCGCUUCAAGCCUCAACAAGCCCCUGCCCAUCACGGAGGAGCAGGCGGUUAAAUUUGCAACCUACUUUCUUUCGCGAGUAUCGGUCCAAACCCCCAAAGGGGUGAGUGUCUUGUUAGAAGUGCUGAAGCUGUUGGCAUCACAGAAAACGAUCGCACCCAUCUGCAUUCGCUUGGCUGGCAAUGGUCACCUACUCCCAGAAAAUCCUGUCCUCUCGGUGAAGGUAUGCGAUUUGCUCGGUAAACCUUUGACCCCGCAACUGGCAGCCCUCUCCACGAACGUUGUGUCACUCCAGACAAAAGAGACAGUGGUAAGCAAGGUUAAUCUGGUUCCAAGCAAGGAUGACGCGUCGUUCUACUCGUACAACCUGAAAUCUGCCGCGCUUCCGCGAGGCAAAUACCGGGUGGACAUUGAAGCUGCUCCUGUAUACCGUCAGCAGUUGAAGAUCAAUGUGCUCGGAAAGGUGCGGGUCAACUCGUUGGAGAUUGGUGUUGGUGAUACGGACAGCACCUCUGCAAGCUUGAAGCGCCACACCGUUUCACAUCCGGCAAAGCUGGCCACCAUACUGAACGCCGAUUCUCAGCAGAAAGUAAUUAUGAAGGCUGUGUUGGUAGAUGACACAACUAGUAAACCGAUGGCUGUCCACCAAACAUUCGUUCUGCUGCGCAACAAGGAAUCUCUGCAGGAAAUCAUAUUCGUCGCAGAGAUUGACUCCGCGAAGGCGUACAAAUUUGAAAUGGAUGUUGGUGCUCGCGCGUCCGAUUUCGGCCACAAAAGUGGAACAUACGAGAUCAUAUUGAUCGUCGGGGAUGCCCUGUUGGCAAACUCAUUCCAGUGGCUUGUAGGCGAUGUGGAACUCAAAUUCACCCCCACGGAGGCAGCUACAAAGGAGAACUUUUCGGCAACACUGAAUUCCCGUCAGCCGCUCCCCGAAAUCGUUCAUCAAUUUAGGACACCCGAGAAGCGUCCCGCCCGAUUUGUUUCGGAUUUAUUCACCGGUCUGUGCAUUGCACCGCUCUUCAUAUUGUUUGUUUUGUGGGGAAAACUGGGGGUUAACGUGAAAAACUUCCCAUUUUCCCUUAGUGCACUUGGUUUCCACAUUGGACUCGGUGCUAUAUUGACGCUGUUCGGAAUCUUCUGGCUGCGGCUAAACAUGUUCGAUACGAUUCGCUAUCUGAUUCCUUUGGCAUUAUUCACAUUCAUUGCCGGAAAUCGUAUGUUGCGAAAAAUUGCACGCGGAAGCAGCGAGAAGUAGAUCGUGUUGGUACGCACGGUUUCUACCCUUUCGUCUAAAUCUACAAAUCCGUCUGCCGGUUACACUAGACACUGGGAAUCCCACGCCAACAUUGGCAGAUAGCCGGGAUAAGUUACGAGAGAGAAAAAUAUCUUAGAGUGGAUGUACGAUUGUAACAAAGAAACAAGGCUUAAGUUCAGACGUAAGAGCGAUAGAAGAUGAGGCAGAGCUGAAAAGAAUAAAACCAUUCCUUUCAUUAAGGAUA